CGGGAGUUAUUUUUGAGGUUAUAUAUUACUUUUAAAGUUACAAGUUAAUCAAAAAUGAAAAUAAACAAGUAAUGUAAUUGAAAUGAUCGAGGACAAUUUGCAAUUACUAGAUUCACCAGAGGAAUUCGAUUUUCCUUUCCCACCUUACGAUAUACAACAAAAGUUUAUGCAAAACUUAUAUUUUGCAUUAGAGAACAGAAAAUUAGGAAUAUUCGAGAGUCCCACAGGCACCGGCAAAUCACUCAGUAUAAUUUGCGGAGCAAUAAGAUGGCUGAAAGACCACAAUAAAUUUGAACGUGAGUGCUUAUGUCGAACAGUAGCAAACCUUGAAAUUGAAAAACAAAUAAUUGCCUCAGAAACAACUGACUGGUUAGCAUCUCAAGCUAAGGAAAGGGAAAUAACAGACAAACUGCAUUCAUUGAAAAUCAGACAGUCAAAAAUAUUGCAAUAUGAUCAGAAGAUUGAAAAACUGAAGAAGGUGAAAAAAUCGAAGGAUAACCAGAGGCGUAAGUACUUCAGUAAAAGUAAACCCAACAAUGAAGACACAGAAAAUCAACAAGAUGAAAGAAAAGUGGAGGAUGAUGAUAUCUUACCAGAAGAUCCAGAUAUGAAUGAGGAUGGUUAUUCAACAGAUGAAGAUGAACAAGACUCCAAAUAUGAACCAGUUAAAAUAUUUAUUGCUAGCAGAACACAUUCACAGCUGUCCCAGUUCGUUGGAGAAAUAAAAAAAUCACCUUUCUGUAAUGACAUAAGAGUUAUUUCUUUGGCUUCAAGACAAACGUAUUGUGUUAAUCCCAAUGUGUCUAGACUGAAGAGUAUGGCUUUAAUUAACGAGAGAUGCCUGGAUUUACAGAAAAAGAAUCCUCAACCAAAGGUUGAUCAAGACGGAAAGGUUGUCAAAAAGCAGAAAGGUUCAUCUUGUUCAUGUCCAUUUUAUAAAUCAACAAAGAUUGAGGAAUUACAAGAGUAUGCCCUCGUGGAGGUGCAAGACGUCGAAGACCUAGUUACGAGUGCCAAGGAAAUGAAUGCCUGUCCCUAUUAUGCCAGCAGAAAAGCAGCAGAAGAUGCGGAAGUUGUUUUGAUACCAUAUAACACCCUCCUUCAUAAAGCAACCAGAGAAGCAAAUGGGAUUAAGUUGAAAAAUAAUAUCGUCAUCAUAGAUGAGGCCCACAAUCUACUGGAGGCGUUGGCUCAAAUGCACAAUAUUGAUCUGAACUAUAAUCAGGUUUACCAUGCAUUGCAUCAAAUGAAAUCUUACAAAAAUAAGUUCAGUACUCGUUUUUCGGCCAAAAACUUGUUGAUGAUAAAUCAGCUCAUAUUCGUUGUUAACCAGUUGUUGCAGUUGCUUGAGAAAAGUUGCACAAACAACUCUACAGAUAUAUUCACAGUUGAAAAUUUUGUACUAACGGCCCAUAUAGAUAAUUAUAACAUGUUCAAGCUUGUAAAAUUUAGCAGAGAUUGCAGAUUAGCUCAAAAGAUUCGAAGCUAUGCAAUCAAAUAUCCUGUCGAAGAAACUAGUGAGACUCCAGCAAAAAAAGGAGUUAAAGAAUUUCUAGCGAGCAUUCAAAAGAGUAAAAAUAUCAAAACUGAAGCUGAAGAAAAGAUUCAAGCUGAAGAUCCCAAGAAAAUUGUUGUUCCACCUGCUAGUAACCCCCUUUUAGCCAUUCUAUCUUUUCUAGAAUCCUUAACGUACUCCUAUGAAGAUGGAAGAAUCUUGUUGAAGAAAAAUACAGACAAACUGCAAUGUAAACUUCAAUUUCUGCUAUUGAACCCCUCUUCGAACUUUUGUGACAUUGUCAAAGAAGCCAGAUCAGUUAUUGUGGCAGGUGGCACCAUGAAACCAAUUGGCGAGUUCAAAGAUCGUCUCUUCAUCAAUGCUGGCGCAAGUCCGGAGAGGAUAAUGGAUUUUGCUUGCGAUCACAUUGUACCUCCUGAAAAUAUUCUACCAAUAAUCAUCACGAAAGGGUCCAGCAACGAAAGUCUGUUGUUUAAUUUUGAAAAUAGAAUGGCUAUGGGAAACAAUAUCAAAAACACUAUAAAACAAGCUUGCGAAAAGGUAAAAGGCGGCAUUGUAGUAUUUUUUCCGUCUUAUAACUAUGAGAAUUGGGUGUGGCAGCAAGUUAAAGAUAUAAAUUUUGGGAGAGCUGUGUUUCGAGAACCUCAAAACUCUAAAUCUGUAGAUUCUGUUCUGGAAAAGUAUGCUGAAGUUAUUAGGAAGCCUGGAAGCGCUGGAGCACUUCUCUUUAGUGUUGUAGGAGGAAAACUUAGUGAAGGGCUUAAUUUCAGUGACGAGUUGGGAAGAUGCGUCAUUGUUGUUGGACUGCCUUAUGCUAACAUAAUGGCUGCGGAUUUGAAAGAGAAAAUGAGAUAUCUGGACAAAACAGAGGGUGCCGGCUCAGGUCAAAAGUAUUAUGAAAAUCAGUGCAUGAAAGCAGUCAAUCAGUGUAUCGGCAGAGCUGUCAGACACAAAAACGACUAUGCCACAGUCCUGUUACUAGACGAGAGAUAUAACAGGGCAUCCGUCAAGAAUGCUUUACCAAAUUGGAUUAAAAAAUCGUUGCAAGUCGGCGACUUCAAUGAAGCCUUUGCUUCAGUAGAUGAGUUCUUCAGAAAUAAGAAGAGUGACAGUUGAUCUGACAAAUGCUACUACACACUUAUAUAAACUUUUAUAUUUUUAUAAGACUUUUAAUAGACCAUUUUUCAUUUUG